CUUGAUUCUGAAAACGGUUUAAUUAUUGUUUCGAUUUGAUUAAUUAAUUAAUUAGUUUCCGAGUGUUUUUUUUUUCUUAUUGAUUUUUGUUCUCUGUGUGUUCCCAACAUGAAAAUUACUCUAAUUUUCUGUGUAAUUUUUUGCCUUCACCUGAGUUUCGCUUUUGGUUCUAUUCUUUUUGGUGGUGGAGAAAAUGGAAUCAAUUCUGUCUCUGGUUCUUUUAAAGAUAUUCUUGUCGAUGAAUGGGAAGUAUUUAAGUCACAAUUUAAUAAACGAUAUUCCAAUGAGACUGAAGAAUAUUUCAGGAUGAAAAUCUUCUUGGAAAAUAAGCGUAAAAUUGCCCGUCACAAUGUUCGAGCUGCUAAUGGUAUGCAUUCAUAUCAUUUGUCAAUGAAUCAUUUCGGUGAUCUCUUACACCAUGAAUUUGUCACCCUAAUGAACGGUUACAAGGCUCAUCUUCGUCUUCAUAUUUAUAAUGCUACAACAUUCUUGACCCCACAUCAUGUUUCACUUCCUAAGUCAAUCGAUUGGAGAGAAAAGGGUUAUGUCACCGAGGUUAAAGAUCAAGGACAAUGUGGAUCAUGUUGGGCUUUCAGUUCAACUGGUGCUCUUGAAGGACAGCACUUUAGAAAAACUGGUAAAAUGGUUUCUCUUAGUGAACAAAAUCUUGUUGACUGUUCAAAGAAAUUCGGUAACAACGGUUGUGAAGGUGGACUCAUGGAUAACGCUUUCUCUUACAUUCGACAUAAUCAUGGUAUUGAUACCGAACAAUCUUAUCCAUAUUUAGCUCACAAUGGUAGAUGUCAUUUCCAUCCAAAAGAUAUCGGAGCAACUGAUAGUGGAUUCGUUGACAUUGAUGCUGGAAAUGAAACCAAAUUAAUGGAGGCCAUUGCUACCGUUGGUCCAGUUUCCGUUGCUAUCGAUGCUAGUCAUGAAUCUUUCCAAUUCUAUUCCCAUGGAGUUUAUGAUGAAAAAGAGUGCAGCUCAGAAGAUCUUGACCAUGGUGUUCUUGCUGUUGGGUAUGGAACCGAUGCUGAAGGAAACGACUAUUGGAUCGUUAAGAACAGUUGGUCCGAAAAAUGGGGAGAAAAGGGUUACAUUAAAAUGGCUCGAAACAAGAAGAAUCAAUGUGGAAUUGCUUCAUCUGCCAGUUACCCGUUGGUCUAAUUAAACACAAUCAGAUUUUCAACAAACAUUCAUAUAUAUUGAUCAUACUCAAUCGAAAAGAAUAUAUAUUUUUCUCUUUCAAAUUUCCAAAGCAAAGCCAAUGAUUUAGACAAAGAAUUUAAAAAAUUCAUUACAAUUAAACUCACCCGACUUACUAUAUAUAUUUAAUUAGCUGUAAAUUGGUCAACAAACUAAGUUACAGUUAAAUCAAACUUAAAAUUGAACAGAAAAUUAUGUAAAUGCUUAAAUUUUGAUAAAAAUUAAAAACAUUUAUUGUAAUGAGAAAAA